UCCCGGUCUCCAUUUGGCCAGCAGCGAAAAAAAAUUUCAAGCAUUUCCAGAGAGGAGAUUGUGGCUUCCCUAAUUGCUUGCCCUGGAGAUCGGAAUCAACAAGAGAAGUCAGUCUUAUAUAUCAGCCAAGAAAGCCUUCCCUUUCCUCUCAUUAGCCAAUUAAGAAAUUUACAGACACAUAGCCAUCUCGAGUGUUUCCAACUUAUAUCGCCCAUCUAUUCAUGGAUGUGGGGCCUUCCUGAACAUAGAUAACCGACCAGUUUCUACACCUCUAAAGAAAAACAGGCUGUCCUUCUCCCAGAACCCAUCAGCUGUCCAUAGCACCUCAGGGGUGCAUCAGUUUUCUUCAAGAAAUUCAGCUGUUGCUCUGUUUGUCUUUCCCUGUGACUGAGGCCUUGGAGUUGCAUUAUGUUAUCAGCGGCCUUAGUUACUUUGGUGAGAAGUGGAGGGAGCCAGGUGAAGAAGAGAGUGUUGUUAAGCUCUGUUCUUCUGCAGGACAACAGGCAGGUGAUUCCUGCCUGCUACAGCUCCACUUCGGAGCCCAGGUGUUCUCGGUUUGACCCAGACGGAAGUGGGCAGCCAGCCACUUGGGACAAUUUUGGGAUCUGGGACAACCGCAUUGACGAGCCAAUUUUGCUGCCGCCUAGCAUCAAGUAUGGCAAGCCAAUUCCCAAAAUUAGCCUGGAGAAUGUGGGCUGCGCCUCCCUCAUUGGCAAACGGAAAGAAAAUGAAGAUCGAUUUGGGUUCGCACAGCUGACCGAAGAGGUGCUGUACUUUGCAGUGUACGACGGGCACGGGGGACCUGCAGCUGCUGACUUCUGUCACACGCACAUGGAAAAAUGUGUUAUGGAUUUGCUUCCUCGGGAGAAAGACCUGGAAACUGUACUGACCUUGGCCUUUCUAGAAAUAGAUAAAGCCUUUUCAAGUUAUGCCCACCUGUCUGCUGAUGCAAGCCUCCUGACCUCUGGGACUACUGCAACAGUCGCCUUGUUGAGAGAUGGUAUCGAACUGGUUGUAGCCAGUGUUGGAGACAGCCGGGCUCUUUUGUGUAGAAAAGGAAAACCAAUGAAGCUGACCACUGACCAUACCCCAGAAAGAAAGGAUGAGAAAGAAAGGAUCAAGAAAUGCGGUGGGUUUGUGUCUUGGAAUAGUUUGGGACAGCCCCACGUAAAUGGCAGACUUGCGAUGACAAGGAGUAUUGGAGAUUUGGAUCUUAAAGCCAGUGGUGUGAUAGCAGAACCCGAGACAACAAGGAUUAAGCUCUACCAUGGGGAUGACAGCUUCCUGGUCCUCACCACAGAUGGGAUUAACUUCAUGGUGAAUAGUCAGGAGAUCUGUGACUUUGUCAACCAGUGCCAUGACCCGAAUGAAGCAGCCCAUGCCGUGACCGAACAGGCAAUCCAGUACGGUACCGAGGACAACAGUACUGCAGUGGUGGUGCCCUUUGGUGCCUGGGGAAAGUACAAGAACUCUGAGAUAAACUUCUCAUUCAGCAGAAGCUUUGCCUCCAGCGGACGAUGGGCCUGAUUGCCAGCCUGGACUCAGUGUUCCUAUGCAGCCGUGUGUCAGUGGGCAUAUCAAGAAACUGGUAAUACCCAAAAGGACGUCUGCACCCAUGUGUCCUUGUGACCUGAUAGAUCCCAAUACAGUGUAAGCAUCAUGACAAAGCUGUGAAGAAUUUGUGAGACUCGGAGCUGAGUGGAAGAGGAAGUGGUUUUGGUACACGUGAUGAAUGAUAAAUCUAUGCAUUUUGUUUUGUGAUGCUAGAGAUUGGAUCUGGGGCUUUCUAAUUCUUAAGAUUACUGGGCAGAUCCAAUUUCUGUUUAAUGAUUUCUGUUCUUAAUUCAGUUAGACAGGCUUUUCUGAAUUUUGAUGGCUAGUCAGUGUGCUAUUUGCAACUGUUUCUUUUUUUUUUUCUUUGUUUAAAACAGUUCUCACUGACUGGCCUUGGACUCCUGGGUUCAAACAGUCCUCCUACUUCAGUUUCCUGGGUACCUGGGACUGCAGGAUGCUCCAACUGACGAGUGUUUUUGUUUUUAUUUUUAAUUUUUUUAGAGCAGAACAAGCAUAGGUUUAUUAAAGAAAAGUUCUCCCAGGAGAUGCAGGAAUCCCAAGGGAGGAAUACCCACAAGUGUUAUUUUUUAAUAAAUAAAGCACCAAGGAGUGAAAAUGAAAAUUAGUAACUGAAACCUUCCCUGUAUCAUAUCUUAUACUCUGGACCACUUAGUAAAUUUAACCCUGCAAAAGAAACUUCUCCCGACAAAAGAUAUGGCUAAAGUGUAUACAUAUUUGUAAAUAGCUCUCUUGUGUAUUUCAACUAUUUUUAGCCCCUUCCCCAUCCAUUCCUAUUUUUCUGUAGUUAAAUAUGCUAUAUAGCUCCAAUUGUUCCUUAAUCUCCCUAGGAGAAUGUAUAGACUCUUCGAUCAAAGCAUAUACAGUCAAACACUGACAGUGUUUGUGUUUGUUGACGGGGUAUGUAAGUCUGUUGUUGUGUGUUAUGUAUAGUAUGUUUAUAUCACUUUUUGUGCACCUAGUAAGCAAGUUGGGUCAUUUGUUAGUAAAGAUAAUAUUACAAUGACUGAUACUGCUAUAGACAUAGUUUGAGGUUUAUGUCUCCAUUUUCCUCAUUGCUGAGAUAUAUGAGGAAGAAUAAAUCUUUAAAAAAAGGAUAUUCAGACAUAUCAGCUUGCUGUGUAAAUUAGGAAUGUAAAAUUAUACUCAUUUUGACCUGCAUAUAAAUUUGCUGUUAAACUGUGAAUCCUUAAAUGUGUGUGUUUGGAAUUACUCUAAAGUUUAUUUUCACAAACUGUAUACAUUUGGUAUAUGUGUGAUGAGUGUAUAAAUAUUUUGAAAUAAUAUAAAAUUAAAGGGAACAGACUUGUGAGCCUUUAUCAAUUAGCUUUAAAUUAUUGAUGUAUUUAUCCUGAAGGACACUCAAUAGAUUGAGUGACUUUCUGUAGUAAAGAAUCAGUGGUUGUUAGUAGACAAUCACUGUGGAUUAAAAAUAUAUAUGGGGGCCAGACGUGGUGGCCCAUACCUAUAAUCUCAGGACUUGGGAGGAGGAGGUAAGAGAAUCAGGAUGGUGACUUUGAGAUCAGCCUGGGCUACAUAACAACUUCCAGGGAAGCCUCAGUAACAGCUUGUCUCCCCAAACAAAAUAUCAACCACAAAUGGCUAUAAGAGACAUUAUAUUGUGUGUAAUUUAUGUGGAUAACCAAAGAACAGAAGCAGCCACAUUGUGUGAUAAUUUGAAUAUAAAAUUAUGAGAUAUGAAAAAAUUAGGGAAUGUAAAGAAUGACAUGGAAUUUUGAGGCAGAAACAAGAAAGAAAAUGAAAUAUACAUGCCUUCAGGUCUGAUGUGUUUUCUUCCUUUAACUUUUGUUUUAAAUAUGUAGUAGAAAGAAGGUGUCCCAAAAUAAAUUUUCUCAUUAUCUUGUUGGGGAAUGAAAGAAAAUACAUUUUGACUUUACCUGCCUAUGCUAGUUAGAACAGGCUCAAUAAACAAUUUAAGGUCUUUUCAUGGACAUUAGUUGAAAGGAGGAAAACAUUUGCCAGGUGUGUUAGCUUGUGUGUGCAGUUCCAACACGUAGGAGGCCGUGGCAGAGGAAUCCUGAAUUCACUAUGAGCUACAAAGCAAGACCCCAUCUCAGGAGACAACCAAAAUCCACAGGAAAGAGUCCAGUCUGUGCUCACUGUCAGAAAUGGAGAAGUACAGGAAGAUUAGUGGAGCUGAGACGCUUUCUUGUUGAAUCAGGUGUGGGGACAAAAUAAUGAAAACAACUUUUAAGAGCAUGGAGAACUUGUAAACCAUGUGCAUAGCAAAAUUCUCAAGCACAAAAAGCCUCUGGUGUGUAGGCUCCAUUUCUGUCCUGAAUUCUGUACAUUACUGCCCCUCCCCCCAUGCCUUCUUCUUUUUUUUUUUUAACUUUGAAACAAGAGUUGAGAGUGAACUCGGAGUUCAGAGGCUUGAGGGUCAAUGACAGAUUGAGAUGAAUUCCAGAUUUGACAAGGAGGAAUCUGUAGAUCAUGGCCUUGGGUUCACUUAGUCCUGUUUCAUCUGGAAAAGAUUUUUGGUGCUGGUGGUGAGGUUUAGUGUGUGUGUGUGUGUGUGUGUGUGUUUGGACAGACUCCUCUCAACCUCCUGAGUGCUGAGAUUAUAGGCAUGUGUUCCCAUGCCUAGCUUUACCUGGAAGAAAUUUAAAACCCUAAUCUAGUCAUCCUUGAUAAAGCAUAGAAAAUACUAGACUCCGUAGGGGCUGGGCUGCAUCCUUUCCUGUAGACUUGCUUAACACACAUUUGUUAAGAUCAAACCUGAAUAAAACUACAAAUCAAUAUUAAAAAAAAAUACGUGUCUGUACUUUGUAAUUCUCAAUAUUAAAAUAUAAUUUAAAGAAUAUAUUAUUAUAAUCCUAAGUGAUAAGCAUACAUGCAUGCCUCUGUUAUUGAAAAUGGUCUGAUAGUAGAAAGAAAGGGACUGUUCUUACAUACUUCAUAGCAUGAAUUUUGCUGGGAGUUUUGCCAUGUGGGUAUGAGCUUGGUGUAAAUGAUAUAGUACAGAAAAUGUACUGGUUGUAUUUAUGUGUGCCUUUCAUUUACAUCCAGUAUGUAAAAUCUUUUUUGUGUUGCCACCAGUUAUUUGGUGAAGUAUUGUGAUGUUUUACAAUUAUAAAUUCAUAAGUAUUUCAUUAAUUCAGAAGUGAAUGUAGCCCUGCCUGCUCUCUGUCAGCUGUUCAUUUGUUAAAAUUCUUUGUGUCUCUUGACUGCUUCAAAUCCAGGCUUUUUUUUUUUUUUUUUUUUUUUUGGUUUUUUGUUUUUUGAGACAAGGUUUCUCUGUGUAGCUUUGGAAUCUGUCCUGGAACUCAAUUUGUAGAUCAAGCUGGCCUCGAACUCACAGAGAUCCACCUACCUCUGCCUCCCAAGUGCUGGGAUUAAAGGCAUGAGCCGCCGCCACCACCACCACCACCACCACCACCACCAUCAUGUAGCCCAGGCAUUUUAUUUUCCCCUAGGUUUGAAAGAUCAAUUUUGCUUCUUUGUAUUACAUGAUAUGAACUUUCUCAUAUUACAACAUUUUUAAAUUUUUACUUUGAAGAGGUAAUAGCAUAUAAUCUAAAGUACAGAAAUUAUUUGAAGUUUGAAAUUAUUUAAAAUUUGAUUAUUAAUUUUUUUUUUUUUUUUUUUUUUGGUUUUUUCGAGACAGGGUUUCUCUGUGUAGCUUUGCGCCUUUCCUGGAACUCACUCUGUAGACCAGGCUGGCCUCGAACUCACAGAGAUCCGCCUGGCUCUGCCUCCCGAGUGCUGGGAUUAAAGGCGUGCGCCACCACCGCCCGGCGAUUAUUAAUUUUUUAAGAAUGGAUAUGGAAUUAAUCUCAUGGUAACAUAAGAGUAAGAAAAUGCUUCCGGGUGGGACCUGGGGAGUUCACGUUUAAAAUUAACAGCUAUAGCCAAGUGUUUGUGUUUUUCUUUACUGUCAGGUUUCCCCACAUGACUGUGUCUAUAAAACACAGCACCUUGAGAUUUGGGCUGUUACAUUACCUUGAAUUUCUUAAAUUUCAUUCUGAGAAUGACUUAAGCAGGAAUAACAAGUUGUGUUUUGCAAGAUGAAUAAAGCAAAAUGGUCACAUGUCCGCUGCAUUUGACAGCUGGAAUAAGACCAGUUAGCUCUGUGGCAGCUCCCAUUGGUUGUUUGAUGGUUGGAAUGGUUUAUGGUGCCACAGAAUUCUGGGUUGUGAGGACUUAGAUGUGUCCCACCACCAAGAAUGACUGGUCUGACAUUGGAUUCUAGUACAGAAGGCAGCACAGUGGUGUGACCUGAAUUAACUGAAUUUCUACUGAAGUUCUCUUGUGUAUAUUUGUUUUGUAAUUUCCAAUGUCCCUUUGUAGCGAGUUUGGCUGUUGUUUUAAUUGUAUGUGCUAGAGUAACUAUGAGUAAACUGAAGUUGCCCGUCUCAAUGGUGAAACCAUCCUAAUAAAAUACACAUAUUAAACUCCUCCUAAACUCCA